AUGUCGAAAGAGCAGAAGAAGAAUCCUCAUGACAUGCUGAAAGAGCCAUUGCACGGCAUCUACAUCCCCGUGGCGUUGAUCAUCUGUGGCACCUUGAUCUUUGGAGCCCAGUACCUGCCAUACGUACUGGGAAUACUGCUACCGUUCUUAGCGUUCAGGUUCUACAACGCGUACGUAUUGAGACAGUCGAUCUUCCCCGAUAAGUGGACCAAGCUGGAGCUGGCCGAGUCCACGAUCAUCAGCAAGAACUGUGCUAUCUACCGCUUCAAUCUGGUGAGGGAUUCUGAGGCUCUGGACAUCCCAGUGGGCCACCAUCUGGCGGUCAGAGUCAACGAUGAGGUUCGCUAUUACACUCCAAUCUCAAGCAGGGAUGACCAGGGCUACUUUGAGAUCAUCGUCAAGUCGUACGCCGAUGGUAACGUGUCGAGAUACUUUGCUGGGCUGAGACCAGGCCAGACUGUGGAGUUCAAAGGGCCAGUUGGGAGGUUCAACUACGCAACAAACCACGUCAAGGAGAUCGGCAUGAUUGCUGGUGGUUCCGGCAUCACUCCGAUUCUCCAGGUCAUUAGUGAAGUGACUAGAACACCAGAGGACGUGACGAAGCUUUCGCUCAUCUACGCCAAUGAAACUGCCAACGACAUCUUGUUGAAAGACGAGCUGGACGAGCUCGCUGAGAAGUACCCGUACUUUGACGUCCACUACACCCUCACCCAUCCACCAGAAGGAUGGACCGGGGAUGUUGGAUACGUCACCAAGGAUAUGAUUGCGAAGUACCUGCCAUCUCCAUCUGAGGACUCCAGAGUCCUCAUCUGUGGUCCAAAGGGCAUGAAAACGGCAAUGGCCCAGUACACGGAGGAAUUGGGGUUUGAUGAGGCCAAAAUGCCCUCCAAAGGUGACGAUCAGGUCUUCAUAUUUUGA